GUGAGUUAUGAGAGACAUCUGGAAGGCUCAGGUCAUAGAACGUGCGUGAUGAAACAUGUAAAUUUGGUAUGAGUGGUAAAAAGCCAGCAUCAACUAGCUUUGAUCAGAAAGACAGAAAAUCAGACACAUCUAGGUCUGUUCCUUCAACCAAGAAGCGUUUACUUCAAACGAACAUUAAUGAAUUCUUGUCAACAAACAAGAAAAAAAAGAAUUAUAAGAGUGAAAACAAGUAUUGUGCAAUUUCUGAAGAAGAAAUGAGCCAAGAAGAGUCUAGAGAGAAAAAACUUCAACGUGAUGUUUUAGCUUCAGCUGCAGAAAGAAGGAUUACUUCCAGUCAAAACAGUUGUUCACCAGUACACAGCAUCACUGAAAUAUUAAAUGAUGUUCCUGUUGAAUCCCAGGUUUGUAAGUCUUUAUCUGAAGAGAAGAAGGAAAAUGAAAAUUCUUCAUUUGAACAAGAAAUUCUGACUGUAGCAUCCAGCUCUCAGUCACAGGAUUCGUGUGAUUUGUUCCCAAACACUAGUUCAGAUGUAGCUGACUAUCCCAAAAACCUGUUCUCAGCAUCUAAAACCUUUCCUCAGGAGGCAUUCCUAUGUUACUUCAAUGUGGCUCCUAACUGCUCAGCUUCUCUACCUCGUCUGCAACCAGAACCGUUUCAUACAGUUCUCUUUCAUCCAUGGAUUCAACCUGGUGUUGUCCCAAGACCUUUUCCUGAAAAAUACAGAGAUAAAUGGGAUUGUAAUCAUGUGAGGAUGCCAUGCUCUCCAGAAAAUCUUUAUCCUGUGAAAACUCCAGGUAGUGGCAGAAAAGUUCAAAGUCGAUGGGAACUAAUACAAAAAACACUAAGUGCUCCUAUCAUGUCAUCUUGGGAUUUAGAAGAAGCCAUACUGAACUACAACAGCCAGUAUUCAAAGAGAUGGGAUUUUCGAGGACUACAUACUUUUUUUACUGAAGUACUUAAUUAUCAAAAUGGGGCAGAGUUUUUUUCAUCAGUUUUACCUGGAAUCAUAGACCUUGCCCUUCAUUUACCAGAUAUUUGUACCCAGCCUAUCCCCCUGCUUACUAAACAUAGGAACCAUUCCAUCACACUAAGCCAGAAGCAGAUAGCUUCUUUACUGGCAAAUGCUUUCUUAUGCACUUUUCCACGACGAAAUUCCCAAAAGAGGGAUUCUGAAUACUCAACUUUUCCAGACAUCAACUUCAACAGGUUAUUUGCUGGAGUUAAAAAUGGUGUAAACAAAAGAGGAGCUGAAAAACUAAAAUGCUUAAUCAAUUAUUUUAAGAGAGUGACAGGUAAAGAGCCAACAGGUACAGUUACCUUCAUGCGUAAGUACCUUGUAAAUGCACCGGAUUGGGAGAACUCAACACAGAAAUUGAGUAGGUUUCAAGUCUCUUCCAAAGGUGUAAUAGAAGUAGAAGGUGCUGGGAUGUUACAGGUAGACUUUGCCAACAAGUUUGUUGGAGGUGGGGUACUUGGUCAUGGAUGUGUUCAAGAAGAAAUCCGUUUUGUCAUUUGUCCAGAACUGAUUGUGUCUCGUCUCUUCACUGAACGUCUUAGUGACACAGAAGUGCUUGUUAUUACAGGGGCAGAACAAUACAAUGAGUAUUGUGGGUAUGGAAAUACCUUUAUUUGGUCUGGAGAUUAUAUAGAUUCUACAUCAAGUGACAGCUGGGGUCGAAAAUACACUCAGAUUGUGGCUAUGGAUGCUACACAUUUCUACAAGCCAGAGCAGCAAUAUCAAUAUCACUUUGUCAAGCGAGAAUUGAAUAAGGCAUACUGUGGAUUUUACGAUGACACAGUAGCACCAGAACACCUACCAGCAAUUGCUACCGGAAACUGGGGUUGUGGAGCUUUCCGAGGAGAUCCACGUCUAAAGGCUUUGAUACAGUUGCUUGCUGCUUCAGAAGCACAAAGAGAUAUUUUGUAUUUCACCUUUGGAAAUGAAGAACUGAAAAAUGACAUUGAGGCCAUGUGUGAUUUCCUGUUGCACAAGGAAAUCUUAAUAAGACAGUUAAUCAACAUGCUGAAACUUUACUCCAGGCAACAGCAGAAAGGACAGUUGGUGGUGAGGUUGUUUGACUUCAUUUAUGCAACAUUCAGUGAUUUUAACACAGACACAGAAGAGGAAACAGACAGCCAAAUCACACCUCCAAAGAGUCUUGUAAAUUCUUGUAAGCCUGACUCACCAGACAACUUAAGUAAAGAAUACUUCCUAACUGAAAGAGAGCCUGGUGAGAAGAGAAUGGAAAUACCAAAUGAUGCAUUAAGCUCCAGUGAUACCUGUGGUACAUCUCUUGGACUGACUUUGAAGCAAUUAAAUGUAAAAUAGUGUAAAAUCAGAGGUGAAGAAAUGUAUACUAAUUAAAUGAACUACAAUGAAACUGG